AUGACAACUUCACGAGUUGACCCCGCAGACGCACUGCAGCUUGCGGCCAUCACUUUUGACUGGGGAGAUAGUUUGGAUACAAAGGACUGGGCUCGUUUGGAAGCCAUACUUGCCCCGGAGCUCGUCGUUGACUACACCGAAGUAACAGGCCAAAGCUGGGACGCAAUGCCAGCCAAAGACUUCAUAGCCAUGGUCUCAGCCCCAACCUUUGUCGGAGAUCCUCUCGUGGACUCGCAGCACUUCAUCGGGGGCUCCAAAUACGAAGUCGUCUCGACUGAUCGUGUUGUUGGUAAACACCAACUGCGAGCUGCGCACCAGCGCUAUACUGGAGCUGAUAAAACAUCUGUCGAAGCCAAGGGCCAUUGUCAUGCUUUGAUGCAGCAUACCUAUGUCAAGAUCGACGGGGAGUGGAAGUUGGCGGGAUUGAAGCCAAAGGUUUAUUGGACCGAGUUUGACUUUGAUAAGAUCUUUAAGAGUAGUUUUUGA